CAAAAUCCAAACAAUAUGCAUGUUCUUUUCUCUCUCUCUCUCUCGUCCCCCUUGAGAAACCUGCCUAUCCCGCCAAACCCCAUCUCAAAACUCUUAUUUUCUACCCAAUUUCGCCUCCCUUGUCGCUUCCAAAUCAUGAAUUUCAGUACAAAAUCAGAACCCAAUUUGAUUUCCAAACCAAUCUUUCAGGUUCCAGGACUAAACUCCGAUGAAAUUGAUCGAGUGGCGGACGAAACAAUCCACAGAUACUCAUUGUCAAACAUCCGAAGAAAUGGUGUUGGGGUUGCCAUUGUCUGGUUCAGAAAUGAUUUGAGGGUCUUGGACAAUGAGGUCCUGCAUCAGGCUUGGAUUUCAUCUGAGGCUGUGUUGCCUGUGUACUGCAUUGAUCCUCGGCUUUUUGGCACAACCCAUUACUUCAAAUUCCCUAAAACUGGAGUGUUGCGAGCAAAAUUUCUGAUCGAGUGCUUGGCUGACUUGAAAAAGAAUCUGAUGAAAAUGGGUUUGAACCUGAUCAUACAACAUGGAAAACCUGAGGACAUUCUCCCUACAAUCACAAAAGCUUUCAAAGCACACACAGUCUAUGCCCAGAAAGAAACAUGCAGUGAGGAGGUUAAAGUGGAGCAACUUGUUAGUAAAGCUCUUAGGAUGAUGGUUAAAACACAAGGUGGAUCCUCUGAUCAAAACUCUGCAAAUCCAAAGCUACAGCUUAUCUGGGGGAGUACUAUGUAUCAUAUUAAUGACCUCCCUUCUAAUCCAGGCAGUUUGCCAGACGUAUACACCCAUUUCCGUAAGUCUGUCGAAUCCAAGUGUGCAGUACGGAGUUGCUUUAAGCUUCCAGCAUCUCUUGAGCCACUUCCUAGCAGAAGCUUGGAGGAUUUGGGGGGAUGGGGCUGUGUUCCUUCACUUAACCAGCUUGGACUAUGCCAGGAAAAGGGUGAUAAAGGAAUGAGGUUUGUGGGCGGUGAAAGAGCUGCAUUGGGCAGAGUGCAUGAGUACUUCUGGAAGAAGGAUUUGUUGAAGGUCUACAAAGAGACAAGAAAUGGAAUGCUAGGACCCGAUUACUCAACAAAAUUUUCUCCAUGGCUUGCUUUCGGAAAUCUCUCUCCUCGAUUUAUAUAUGAAGAGGUAAAAAGAUAUGAAAAAUUGCGGCAAGCAAAUGAUUCAACAUACUGGGUUUUGUUUGAAUUGAUCUGGAGAGAUUAUUUCAAGUUUCUAUCAGUGAAAUAUGGAAAUUCAAUAUUCCAUUUAGGAGGGCCAAGAAAUGUGAAUUCUAAGUGGAGCCAAGAUCAGAUCCUGUUCAACUCUUGGAGAGAAGGUCGUACAGGAUAUCCUCUAGUAGAUGCAAAUAUGAAAGAACUGUCCACCACUGGUUUUAUGUCAAACCGAGGGCGCCAGAUUGUUUGUUCAUUUCUUGUUCGAGAUAUGGGCGUUGACUGGCGUAUGGGGGCAGAAUGGUUUGAGACCUGCCUUUUAGAUUAUGACCCCUCUUCAAAUUAUGGAAACUGGACCUAUGGUGCAGGUGUAGGGAAUGACCCAAGAGAGGAUCGGUACUUCAGUAUUCCAAAGCAAGCAAAAACUUAUGAUCCUGAUGGAGAGUAUGUUGCUUACUGGUUGCCUGAGCUACUAGCACUUCCCAACGAAAAAAGGAUAUUCCCUGGGAAAGAAUAUAUCAAGCAAAUUGUACCUCUAAAAUUUGGAAACACCAAUAGUAUGCAGGGUCGCUCCUAUCCCCAGAUGGGGAGACAGAAGAAAAGAGUAUAACAGAUGAAAUCAAUUUCACAAGAUUCAUGUGGCUGAGCAUAUAUAGUUGGUACAAGGUUCAAGUGAGUUAAAAUGUUUAUAUUGUCCCGUUUUGAUCUAUAUUUGUCUU